AUGGCCGGCCGGUUCGUGAGAGCGUCAAAGUACCGCCACGUGUUUGGCAAGGGAACAAAGAAGGAGACAUGCUAUGACAACCUGCGCAUCUCCAAGAACGCCUGGGACACGAACCUGAUCAAGGCCAACCCGCUCUACCUCUCGGUGAACUGGGAAGCAAGCGGAGGAGGCGCCUUUGCCGUCAUCCCGCUUGAAGAGCGCGGCCGGGCUCCCGAGCAGCUCCCCCUCUUCCGCGGCCACACGGCCGCCGUCCUCGACACCGACUGGAGCCCCUUCAACGACUCGCUCAUCUCGUCCGCUUCCGACGAUGGCAAGGUCUUCAUCUGGAAGGUGCCCGAGGACUUCUCGCUGCACUCGGACGCCGAGGAGCCCAACGACGUUGCGCCCGUUGCUAAGCUCAGCGGCCACAUGAGAAAAGUCGGACACGUGCUGUUCAACCCGGCCGCCGAGAGCGUCCUGGCCAGCUCGUCCGGCGACUACACGGUCAAGCUGUGGGACGUCGAGGCAGGCGCGGCCAAGCUCACGCUCAAGCACAACGACAUUGUGCAGUCGCUGUCCUGGAGCGCCGACGGCUCGCUGCUGGUGACGACGAGCCGCGACAAGAAGCUGCGCGUGUGGGAUGUGCGCCAGGAGAAGCCCGCCCAGGAGGUGCCUGGCCACCCCGGCGCGAAGAACAGCCGCGCCGUGUGGAUGGGCGAGGCCGACCGCAUUGCCACGACGGGCUUCUCGCGCAUGAGCGACCGCCAGCUCGGCCUGUGGGACCCGCGCAACCCCAAGGAGCCCAUUGGCGGCUUCCAGAUCCUCGACAGCAUCUCGGGCGUGUGCAUGCCCUUCUGGGACGAUGGCACCCAGUGCCUGUACCUCGCCGGCAAGGGCGACGGCAACAUCCGCUACUACGAGUACGAAAACGACAAGUUCGAAUACCUCUCCGAGUACUCGUCGCCCAACCCCCAGCGCGGCAUCGCCUUCCUGCCCAAGCGCGGCAUCAACCUGCACGAGAACGAGGUCCUGCGCUGCUUCAAGACGGUCAACGACGGCUACAUCGAGCCCGUGUCCUUCAUCGUGCCCCGUCGCGCCGAGAUGUUCCAGAGCGACAUCUACCCGCCCACCAACGGCACCACGCCCGGCACGACCGCCAGCGAGUGGUUCGGUGGAAAGACUGCUCUGCCGCCCAAGAUUUCCCUCGAGAGCGUCUACGAGGGCGAGGAACCGAAGGAGGUUGCGUCCGACUACAAGCCCGCCCAGAUCUCCCCCGCGUCGACAUUCUCGCCCACAAAGGCCGAAACGCCCAAGGCUGCCCCGCAACCUGCGCCCGCUGCUCGCGCCCCGCCACCACAGCUCAAGGACAACAAAGACUCCCUCUCCUCGCAGGCCGACAAGUUCGCCGACAAGGAUGCCAGCUCCGACGACGAUAGUGUGUCCAGCUUCGAGGAAGUCUCCAAGCCAGUCCAGCGCCCAUCAUCCACUGUCGCCAGGCAAGAAGAGAAGACCGUCCCCAUCAGACAGCCCGAGCCCGCAAAGCCCACCACCCCCACGCAGACGAGAUCCACACCACCCGCUGCUGCCACUCCCGCCCCAAGCUCCGCACCGACACCGGGCGGCCCCGCCUCAGCACUCCGCGACGCCCUGGGCGACAUCAGGCACCAGCUCGAAAACCAGACCAAGGUCAUGUCUGACCAGACCGAUCAGAUCGCGCUGCUGCUCCGCGAGGUCACCGACCUGAAGGCGAAGGUCUCGACUGGCGGCUCGCCCGACCACGAGAAAGACGAGCGCAUCAGGCAGCUGGAGCUGGAGCUUGAGGAAGCGAGGUCUUGA